UUUUGACUGACCGGCCUUAUCCCACCCAAUUCAUAUCCCUCACUCUCAAUUUCCAAUGCCAGAAACGCACAGCCUUUAGAAAAUCCGAUCCAAAAGUCGUUUCCAAACACCCACAAUGCCACCGCCGGCGGCGCUCUCAGCUUCCUCCUCCUUCACUCUCCUCUCCCCACCUCCCUCCCCAAAGCCAAAGCUCCCGCCUUUCUCCCCCAGAAAACACUUUUUCGCCAUUAACCCCCGUCGCCACUCACUCCACUCCGCCCCCUCCUCCGCCGUCCGAUGUGCCGUCAUCGAGAAAGAGACUCCAGAGGCCCACCGCCCCGACACCUUCCUCCGCGAGAACUCCUCCUCGUCCUCCGUCCGGGGCCGCUUCGAGAAAAUGAUAAGAGACGCCCAGGACACCGUCUGCGCCGCCAUUGAGGCGGCUGACGGCGGUGCCACGUUUAAAGAGGAUGUGUGGUCGAGACCCGGCGGCGGCGGAGGCAUCAGCAGGGUUCUCCAGGACGGUGCUGUUUGGGAGAAGGCUGGUGUCAAUGUCUCUGUUGUGUACGGCGUUAUGCCUCCCGAGGCCUACCGAGCUGCCAAGGGCGCCGCCGCAGCUGAUCACAAGCCUGGCCCGGUUCCCUUCUUCGCCGCCGGAGUUAGCUCGGUUUUGCAUCCGAAGAACCCGUUUGCGCCUACUUUGCACUUCAAUUAUCGGUAUUUCGAAACUGAUGCUCCACAAGAUGCUCCCGGAGCACCUAGGCAAUGGUGGUUUGGGGGUGGAACUGACUUGACACCUGCUUAUAUUUUUGAGGAGGAUGUUAAGCAUUUUCAUUCAGUUCAGAAAAGUGCUUGCGACAAAUUUGAUCCUGCCUUCUAUCCUCGGUUCAAGAAAUGGUGUGAUGAUUAUUUCUAUAUCAAGCAUCGAGAUGAGAGGCGAGGACUUGGAGGAAUAUUUUUUGAUGAUCUAAACGAUUAUGAUCAGGAGAUGCUUCUUUCCUUUGCCACAGAAUGUGCAAAUUCUGUGGUCCCUGCUUACCUGCCAAUUAUAGAGAAAAGAAAGGACCUGCCAUUUACAGAUGAGCAGAAGGCAUGGCAGCAAUUGCGAAGAGGGCGCUACGUCGAGUUCAAUUUGGUUUAUGACCGCGGAACAACUUUUGGACUAAAGACAGGAGGUCGAAUUGAGAGUAUUCUCGUCUCUCUUCCACUGACUUCUCGAUGGGAAUAUGACCAUAAACCAGAAGAGGGAAGCGAAGAAUGGAAACUAUUAGAUGCUUGCAUCAACCCAAGGGAAUGGGUUUAAUGUUUUGAAAUUUAUCUUUAAUUGUCUGAUCUUCGUUUUUUUUUCUAUCAUAAUCCGUUUGAUUUGUUUCUUUAAUAGUUUGAGAGUUAGAGGUUAGCAGUCGGUAUCUUGAUCAAAGUGUAAUACAUGUACAAGGCAAUGUAAGUUGUGAAUUGUCAACUUUUGUAAGAUUAGAAACUCUUGUUGAAUAAAUCUCGGGAUGAUUAACCA